CAGGAGUGGGUCAAUCUGUGGGUCAGGAGUGACUCAGUUGUGAGUCAAUCUGUGGGUCAGGAGUGGGUCAGUUGUGGGUCAAUCUGUGGGGCAGCAGUGGGUCAGUCUAUGGGUCCCCCCCCCCCCCCAAGUGGGGCUGCAAUGGGUUAAUCUGUGGGUCAGUUCAUGGGUCCCAUGUGGGUCAGGCUAUGGGGCAGGAGGGGGUCAGUCUAUGGGUCCCAUGUGGGUCAGGCUAUGGGGCAGGAGGGGGUCAGCCUAUGGGUCCCGCCGUGGGUCGCUCUGAGCCCCACUUGGGGGUCAGGCCCCACUCUUCUAUGGGUCCCGCUGUGGGGCGCUUGGUCCAUCUCUUACUUGGGGGUCAGUGCCCCACUUAUGGGUCAGUGUGUGCCCCACUUGGGGGUCUGUGCCCCACUUAUGGGUCUGUGCCCCACUUGGGGGUCUGUGCCCCACUUAUGGGUCUGUGCCCCACUUGGGGGUCAGUGCCCCACUUGGGGGUCAGUGCCCCACUUGGGGGUCAGUUCCUGCCCCACUUGGGGGUCACUCCACGCUCCACUUAUGGGUCUGUGCUCGCCGUGGGGCGCUCCCAAUCCUACUUAUGGGUCAGUAGGUGCCGCGGCUCAUUCUGUGCCCCACUUGUGGGUCAGUCCGCGCCCCACUUAUGGGUCUGUGCCCCACUUGUGGGUCAGUCCGCGCCCCACUUAUGGGUCUGUGCCCCACUUGUGGGUCAGUCCACGCCCCACUUAUGGGUCCACACUUCACUUGUGGGCCCACACUCCAGUUGUGGGUCAGUCCAGGCUCCACUUGUGGGUCUGUGCCCCACUUAUGGGUCAGCCCACACUCCACUUAUGGGUCCACAUUCCACUUGUGGGUCCGUACUCCACUUAUGGGUCAGUGCCCCACUUGUGGGUCAGUCCGUGCCCCAUUUAUGCGUUUGAGCCCCACUUGUGGGUCAGUCCACGUUCCACUUAUGGGUCAGCGCUCCACUUGUGGGUCAGCCCAGGCUCCACUUAUGGGUCUGUACUCCACUUAUGGGUCGGUGCCUCACUUGUGGGUCAGUCCGUGCCCCAUUUACGCGUCUGCGCCCCACUUGUGGGUCAGCCCAGGCUCCACUUAUGGGUCCACACUCCACUUAUGGGUCGGCGCUCCACUUGUGGGUCAGUCCACACUCCACUUAUGGGUCUGUGCCUCACUUGUGGGUCAGCCCAGGCUCCACUUAUGGGUCGGCGCUCCACUUGUGGGUCAGCCCACGCCCCGUUUCUGUCUCUGCGCCCCACUUACGAGUCCGCGCUUCACUUGGGGGGGGUCCGCCCCACACUUGGGGGUCAGUCCGUGCCCCACUUAUGAGUCGGCGCUCGGCUCCGUGGGUCGUGGCUCGUCGUGCUCGGCGCCGUGGGGCGCCGUGGGGCGCUAUGG